GCGGAAGUACCGGGGCGGGAAGCGGAAGCGGCGGUGCGGGACACGGCGGGGCCGGGCGGCAGCCGGCGGAGCGGCGAUGUCGGCCAGCGCCGUCUAUGUGCUGGAUCUGAAGGGGAAGGUUCUGAUCUGCCGGAAUUACCGUGGAGAUGUGGACAUGUCCGAGGUGGAGCAUUUUAUGCCAAUCCUCAUGGAAAAGGAAGAAGAGGGAACCCUUUCUCCUAUCCUGGCACACGGAGGAGUUCGUUUCAUGUGGAUUAAACACAACAAUUUGUAUCUUGUUGCAACUUCUAAGAAAAAUGCUUGUGUGUCACUGGUGUUUUCAUUUUUGUAUAAAGUAGUUCAGGUUUUCUCUGAAUAUUUCAAGGAGCUGGAAGAAGAGAGCAUUAGGGAUAAUUUUGUUAUUAUUUAUGAGUUGUUAGAUGAGCUUAUGGAUUUUGGCUACCCCCAAACCACUGACAGUAAAAUUUUACAAGAGUACAUCACUCAGGAAGGUCACAAACUUGAAACUGGAGCUCCCCGUCCUCCUGCCACUGUUACCAAUGCUGUUUCCUGGAGAUCAGAAGGGAUAAAAUACAGGAAAAAUGAAGUGUUCCUGGAUGUUAUAGAGUCUGUUAACCUUCUGGUCAGUGCCAAUGGGAAUGUCCUGCGGAGCGAGAUCGUUGGGUCCAUCAAGAUGCGCGUGUUCCUCUCGGGAAUGCCCGAGCUGCGCCUGGGCUUGAAUGACAAAGUCCUCUUUGACAACACAGGCCGUGGCAAAAGCAAAUCCGUGGAACUGGAAGAUGUGAAGUUCCAUCAGUGCGUUCGGCUCUCUCGCUUCGAGAACGACAGAACCAUUUCCUUCAUUCCUCCUGAUGGAGAGUUUGAGCUCAUGUCCUAUCGUCUGAACACCCACGUAAAACCACUGAUCUGGAUUGAGUCUGUGAUUGAAAAACAUUCCCACAGCCGUAUUGAGUACAUGAUCAAGGCAAAAAGUCAAUUUAAGCGUCGCUCAACUGCCAACAAUGUGGAGAUUCACAUUCCAGUUCCAAAUGAUGCAGACUCACCAAAGUUUAAAACCACUGUUGGAAGUGUCAAAUGGGUUCCAGAGAACAGUGAAAUUGUCUGGUCCAUUAAAUCUUUUCCAGGUGGUAAAGAAUACCUGAUGAGAGCUCACUUUGGACUUCCAAGUGUUGAAGCUGAAGAUAAAGAAGGCAAACCUCCCAUUAGUGUCAAGUUUGAGAUUCCAUAUUUUACCACUUCAGGAAUCCAGGUUCGUUACUUAAAGAUCAUUGAGAAGAGUGGUUACCAGGCACUCCCGUGGGUCCGGUACAUCACCCAGAAUGGAGACUACCAGCUUCGAACACAGUAAAACACCUCCCAAGCACCACAGACAACAAAACUUCAGGCCUGGAAUUUUUUUUUUUGCAGAAGCUUCUGUGGUACCAAGAGCCAUGAAUGUCAUUGCCAAGGGUCUUGUUCCCACAAUCUUGGAUUGGCAGGAGAAGGAGUGGAAAAUUUGCUGUUUUCAAUAAUGUGUUUGAGCAUUUGAACCAUUAGUAUUGAUUGUGUGAUUAUUUAUUUCAUCCUUAGAACAUGCUGAUCUUGCUGCUAAAGGCUAAUUAAGUUAGAAGUAGCAGUUACCUUGAGGAGCCAGGAAUACAGAAUGAACCUUGAGAAUGUUCUUGUCAAUGCCUUGUCCCUUAUGUUUGCAAAGUCUCUGAUUCUUAUUAUUCAUAUUUUAGGAUCUCUGAAGACAUUGGCAGCACUAUGCUACAAAUUAGGGAGAUGAUUGUGCAAUUCAAUGACUGCUGAACACUUAGUUGUAUUUAGCCCAAAGUAUUUAUUUUUUUUUUUCUGGGCAUAUGGGUGCCUUAACUCAUUCAAAGCUCUGUUAACUUAUAAAAAGAAUUACAGAACAUGAAUUGAAGCCAUUUCAAGUCCAAAAAUACAAUUUGUUCUUUUUUACCUGGUUUGAAAGCAUUUGAUGAACAACAAGUGAAGGGUUAGGAAACAAAAAGAUGGUUUUUUUAAAGACAAAGUUAACUGAGAACAAGAGAAGAGAGAGGAAAAUGUCUCUGGGAAGAUCUCUGGAGCGUGGGGAUGGUUCAGCUGAGUUCAGACUGAAGAGUUUCAACCCUGGGGCAUGGACACCCUAUGCCAGUGGACAGGUAUUGGCUUUUUUUAAAAAUUUCUAAGCACAAAACAAGUUCAGAAAUGUAAUAAAGAGGCAUAAUGCCUUAGAUGAAUUAAAAAAAAAAAAAGACCAAAACCAUUUUGGAGGUGAUAAAGUUUUGUAGGAAGAUUGGUUUGUUUGUUUUUUUUUUAUUUCCCAGGUAACAGUAAUAUACUCCAGCCUCUUCCUGGAAAGGCUGAUACAAAAAUACAGUUGCCAUCUUUCUUCCAGCUUGCCUUUGUGUUACUUUAGGGCAAAUAUUUCCCUUUUUUUGCUAUAGUUCUCUAGAAUUGUAGAAGUUUAUUUGCCCUAAGGGGAAUGCUUUUUUUUUUCCUCAGCCUGUUUCAGUUGUAAACAGCUACUCUUAGAGCUUCCUGGCAGAAUGGAUAACAGUUCAGAAUGUUAUACUUGAAGGUAUUUUUUUUUACAUGCCAUUUAAUUUUUUUUUUGAGAAGCUAAGGUUGGCAUGGGUGUACAUAGUUCUUUUGAUUUUUGUCAUUUUUUUUCUUUUUUUUUUUUUCAGGAAUACUUUGACGGUUAUCAGUAUUUUCUUUAAACAAUUUUUACACUGUUUUGGGUUGAGUUUGGUGCUCCUGAAGGAUGCUGUACUUAAAAACCAUCAAAACCUAAACCUGCAUCUGCAGUCAUGAUGCAGUAUUCUGCCUGCAAGGUUCUCCACACCCCCCUCUUGUCAAGUCCUUGUCUCUUCCCCCAAGACUGAGGAGAUUUCAGUCUUUGGCCCCACCAAAUCUUUGUGGUCUAGAUCUGUGUGUACAGGAUAAACUGGUAGCAAAAAAUCACCCAAAUUCCCCUGAGCUGCAGCCUCAGGAAGGGAGGACUGAGAGGGGAAGGUCUCUGGGCAAUAACCCGAGAUCUGGUUCAGCAGCAAGAGGUGUGGACAGGUAAAUUCUGGAGUAAGGUUACUGCUUGUCACCCAACAAGCUGGAUGUUGAAAGAAAUUAAAAACCAUCUUGUUCAAGAGCUUGGUUCCACUACUCAUCUUCAUUUGAACAAUUAAGCUUAUGACUGGACUAAACAUUUUUAUAUUAAAACUGUAACUGGUUGAUAAAACCACUUUGGGAUGACUCUGUUCCUCAAUCUCUUUGCUUUAAUUAUUUGCCUGUAAAAUGUGUCUCUUCAUACUUGGUUUCCUUGUUUUGGGUUGUGUGGACCAGAACACUGUUUUUCUCAUAUUUUGUCACAACUUGACUCUGUUUGGAUGAUGGGGCAUCAGCUGUGCUUGUCCAGGAAGUAAUAAAGGGCCAAAAGUCCUCUUGGAAUCA